UUGUAUCUUUUGGUUGUGAGAUGUAAAUAAAAGGUUGUUGCAUAAGCAAAACUUGAUCAAUUGCCUGGCCAAAUCCAUACAGCCCGUCCAUCUCGUAUUCCAACUACUUUACCAAUAUGUUCGGCACCAUCCUGAAACUGUUGACCCUGUGCGCAUUGGCCCAUUCUAUAAACGCCCACACGCUGAAGCAGCAGCCGCAGCAGCUGCCCAUCACACCUGAGCAAAAGUAUCUGAUUGUGCGUGGAGAGACGCCGGCUGCAUCUGCUGCAUCCGAGGAGCAUGUGCAGUUCAAUGAUGCAGCCACAUUGCUGCUGUCGGCAUUUAAGAGGCAACAGCUGGAAGCUGGCCCGGAACUGGAGGAGUGCACUCAGCCCGGCCAUAAGGCCAGCUUUUCGGGCAUUGACUAUUUCAUUCUGCUUUCCAUGCUGGUCGUUUCCCUGGGCAUUGGCAUCUUCUAUGGCUUCUUUCAGACGGGCGGCAGCUCCUCGGAUGACUUUCUGCUGGGCUCGGGCAUGAGUCUGUUGCCCGUGACCCUCAGCCUGACCACAAGCUUUAUCACAGCCAUAGAGCUAUUGGGCAAUCCUUCCGAGAUGUAUUUCCAGGGCACACAGUUUGUGCUGAUUGUGAUACCCAUGCUGCUGGUCAUACCGGUGGCCGUCAAGAUAUUCUAUCCCAUUUACUUCAAAAUGGAGCUGACCAGCUGUUACGAGUAUCUGGGCAUACGCUUCGGCAAGGAGAUACGCGUUCUGGGCGCCUUGCUCUAUGUCGUGCAGAUGUGCUUUUAUACCGCUGUUGCUGUCCUGGCGCCAGCCAUUGCCUUGUCCAAGGCAACGGGCCUGGAUACCAAAAUAGCUGUUGUCCUCAUUUAUGUGGUCUGCGUCUUCUACUCCUCGAUGGGCGGCAUCAAGGCUUGCGUUAUAGCAGAUUCCUUUCAGGCUGCUGUUCUGGCCGUCUCGCUGGUGCUGAUCGUCUUGCUGGGCUGCUUUUAUAGCGGCAGUCCAGUCCAGGUCUUUCAGAUGGCAGCUGAACGCAAUCGCCUCGAGUUCUUUAACUUCGAUCCCAGUCCCACCACCCGGCACAGUGUCUGGUCUGUGGUCAUUGGCGGCUUCUUUUACUGGACUUCGCUCUUUUGCACCAAUCAGGCCUCCGUGCAGAAGUGCAUGUCCCUCAAGUCCUUGAGGCUGGCCAAGAUUGCCUUGGGCUUUGCCAUCAUCGGUCUGGUUGUCGUAUUUCUGCUCAACUUUUAUACAGGUCUCAUGGUCUUCACCCACUAUGCCGACUGUGAUCCAUUGAGCGUGGAGCGCAUCACAGCCUCGGAUCAGCUAUUGCCAUACUAUGUGAUAAAUACCUACGACCACGUUUAUACCGUCGCGGGCAUAUUUGUCGCUGGCAUCUUUGCGGCUAGCUUGGGCACUGUUGCCUCUGCCUUGAACUCACUUUCGGCUGUUACCUGCGAGGAUUUGCUUAUCAAUGGCAUGAACAUUAAGAUUUCACCCGAGAAGGGCGCCACCUAUGCCAAGUGGAUGUCAUUGGGCUUUGGCGUGGGCUCCUUUGGUCUGGUCUUCAUUGUGGAGCAUUUGGGUGGUGUGCUGCAGGCGACGCUGACGCUCAAUGGACUCAUCGGAGGCGUCACCUUGGGCCUGUUUGUUUUGGGCAUUGGCUGCAAACAGGCAAAUUCGAAGGGCGCCUUCUAUGGCGGCCUCUUGUCACUAGCUCUGGUCAUAUUUGUGGGCGUGGGCGCGCAAUUGAGCAAUGUGCAAAUACCCACGCUGCCCACAUCCGUGGAGCAUUGCGAUUGCCAUGUGAAUGUGACGGGCAUCAUUGAAGAUUUACUCAGCGAAAGCUUGUUGCCCGCGCCAGAGCAGGGCUUUACCUCCUGGUCCAUUUUCCGCCUGAGUUAUAUGUGGUUCAGCAUGGUUGGCUGCUUGUUAACCGUCUUUCUCGGCUGGCUGAUAUCGGUUAUCAUUGAUGCACUGCAGCGACGCAGCGUGCUUAAGAUUACGGCCAAGGGCAUUGACAAUCCCGCCAUCACUGAGGAGGUCUUCAAGAGCGACAACCCAGUGCUCUUCACCACAAUGAAGCCAGUUGAGCUAACCAGCGGGGAGGGGCAUGUGAAUUUGGCCAUACGCCUCGACGACGAAUACAAUACCAAAUAGAUGCCUUCUACGGCAGACAAGAGCAUGACUAACAUAAUAUUCCUGGUGCAACCUGUAACCUCCAUGUACAAAGCUAUCCUAGUUCGUAGUCAAUUCGAGUCGCAAUCCUAACUGUCUAAGCUUAGUCGAAUGAGUGAUUUCUAGUUUGUAAGCUCACAUCUAUGGCUAUCCAUGGACAGUAUUUUACUAAUUUUAAUAUUUUUACACAUGUCAAGUGUGAAUUUGUCCUAGUUCUAGAUCAAUUUACAACGCUGUUCUUUGCGUUAAUAAUAAAAUGUAUUAAUUGUA